CCUGACGUCACUCCUCGGCUGGGUGUUGUGUUGUGUGGUGUUGUGUGGUGUGUUGUGUGCUCACGGAGAAGCCCGGCCCGCGUUUGUCCGCUUGGCUGGAGAGUCCGGAGAGGGUCCGAGAAGGAAGGAAGGAAGGAAGAACUUUCUUGGCGCUGAAGGGUGGGCUCGGCAUGCCAAGCCAGACCCCCGCCCGCGCCCUGCUCCUGGUGGUCGCCUUCCUCCAGGUCUGCUCCUUGGAGACCGAGGCUCCUGCGGGAGUUGGCUGUACGUUUGAGGAAGACGAGGAUUUGAAUCGCUGCGAAUACACCCAAAGCGUGGACGAUGAGUUUGAAUGGGAGCUGGUCCAGAGUCACCUUGUGCCGCACCUGACCCCUGAUCUUCCUCAUGGCUCCUACCUGAUGGUCAACUCUUCCCAGCAUGCCGAAGGGCAAAGAGCGCAUCUGCUCUUCCAGGCGCUGAGCGAGAACGACACCCACUGCCUCCAGUUCAGCUUCUUCAUGUUCAGCCGCGACGGCCACAGCCCCGGGACGCUGAACGCCUACGUGAAGGUGAACGGGGGCCCGCUGGGCAGCGUGGUCUGGAGCGCCUCCGGAUCCCACGGGCGCCAGUGGCACCAAGUGGAGCUGGCCGUGAGCAUGUUCUGGCCCAACGAGUAUCAGGUGCUGUUUGAGGCUGUGGUUUCCAGCGAACGCCGAGGAUACCUAGGAAUGGAUGACAUUCUGCUCUUGAAUUACCCCUGCUCCAAAGCUCCUCAUUUUUCCCGCCUGGGCGACGUGGAGGUGAAUGCCGGGCAGAAUGCCUCCUUCCUCUGCGUUGCUGCCGGAAAAGCUUCCGAAGCAGAGAAGUUCCUCAUGCAGAGGCAGAAUGGAGAGCUGAUCCUUGCUGCUUCCGUGAAGCCCAUCAGCCACCGGAGAUUCCUGGCGGCCUUCCAGCUGGAGGAGGUUUCCAAGGGAGAGCAGGGCUUCUACCGCUGCGUCACCCAGUCCGGCAAGGGAUCCGGCGUCUCCAACUUUGCGGAACUGAUCGUGAAAGAGCCCCCCACGCCCAUUGCCCCGCCGCAGCUCCUGAGAGCCGGCUCGACCUACCUGAUCGUCCAGCUCAACACCAACUCCAUCACGGGGGACGGGCCCAUCGUAAGGAAGGAAAUCGAGUACCGCAUCACCUCCGGACCGUGGUCAGAAGUCCACGCGGUCAAUAUGCAGACCUACAAGUUGUGGCACCUGGAUCCCGACACGGAAUACGAAGUCAGCGUCCUGCUCACUCGUCCCGGGGAAGGCGGCACGGGCAAAGCGGGGCCGGCCCUCGUCAGCAGGACAAAGUGCGCAGAGCCCGUGAGGGCCCCGCAAGGGCUGGCCUUUGCCGAGAUCCAGUCCCGGCAGCUGACGCUCCAGUGGGAGCCCCUGGGCUACAACGUGACUCGCUGCCACACGUUCACCGUCACCCUCUGCUACCGCUGUGCGGCCAGGGCCGGCCUCAACCAGACGCGGCGGGAGUGCGCGGAGGUGGCGCGCGGGGCCCACCGGCACACCAUCGAGGGGCUCCAGCCGUACGGGAAGGUCCACGUCAAGCUCAUCCUCGGGAACCCCGAGGGCCGGAAGGAGGGCAAAGAGGUGACCUUCCAGACCAGCGAGGAGAUCCCUGGAGGCAUUGCUACGGAGUCGCUCAUAUUCACGCUGCUGGAAGACGUGGUUUUCCUGAAAUGGGAGGAACCAGCGGAGCCCAACGGGAUCAUCACUCAGUACGAGAUCAGCUACCAGAGCAUUGAAUCUUCCGACCCUGCCGUCAACGUGCCGGGCCCUCGGCGCACCGUCUCCAAGCUCCGGAACGAGACCUACCACGUCUUCUCCAACCUGCAUCCGGGCACAACGUACCUCUUCUCGGUCCGGGCACGCAACGGCAAGGGCUUCGGCCAGACGGCCAUGACCGAGAUCACCACCAACAUCUCAGCUCCCAGUUUCCAUUACGGAGACCUGCCGUCCCCUCUUGAAGAGUCCGAGACCACCAUCACCGUCCUGCUGAAGCCGGCACAAGGCAGAGGAGCCCCAAUCAGCGCGUACCAAGUGAUCGUGGAGGAAGACCGACCCAAGAAGCUCAAGCGGGACGCGGGGGUCCCUGAGUGCUUCCCGGUGCCGCUCACCUUCUCCGAGGCCUCGUCUCGCGGCUCCGUCCACUACUUCGGGGCUGAGCUCCUGCCCGGCAGCCUCCCGGAUGCCAAACCCUUCACGGUCGGCGACAACCAAACCUACGGUGGUUACUGGAACCCCCCUCUGGACCCCAAGAAGGCCUUUCUCAUCCACCUCCAGGCCGUGAGCAGGCUCCAGGGAGAAACAAGGCUGAAUUGUAUCCGGAUAGCCCGGAAAGCCGCCUGCAAAGAGAGCAAGCGUCCUGCGCUGGAGGUGUCCCAGCCGUCGGAGGAGAUGGGCCUCAUCCUGGGCGUCUGCGCCGGAGGCCUCCUGGCCCUGAUCCUCCUCCUGGGCGCCGUCAUUGUCGUCCUUCAGAAGGGGAAACCGGUCAACAUGGCCAAAGCUACAAUCAACUACCACAAUGAGAAGACGCACAUGAUGAGUGCGAACGAGAGGAGCUUCACCGAUCAGAGCACGCUGCAGGAAGACGAACGGCUGGGCUUGUCCUUCAUGGAUGCACACAAGUACGGCCACAGAGGUGAGCAGCAUAACAGUGUCGUCAGUGAGUCAAGCAGCUUGUUAGGAGGUUCUCCUCGGAGGCGCAAAGGCUCUCCCUACCACACCGGGCAGCUCCACCCGGCCGUCCGAGUGGCCGACCUCCUCCAGCACAUCAACCAGAUGAAGACCGCGGAAGGCUAUGGUUUCAAGCAGGAAUAUGAGAGUUUCUUUGACUGUUGGGAUGCUUCAAAGAAGAAAGACAAGGCCAAGGGGAGACAGGAUCACGUUCCAACCUACGACCGGCACCGAGUGAAGUUGCAUCCGCUUCUUGGCGACCCUAACUCGGACUAUAUCAAUGCCAACUACAUCGACAUUCGGAUAAACCGAGAAGGUUAUCACCGAUCUAACCACUUCAUCGCAACACAAGGCCCCAAACAGGAGAUGGUUUACGAUUUUUGGAGGAUGGUAUGGCAAGAGCACUGUUGUAGCAUCGUAAUGAUAACAAAGCUGGUGGAAGUGGGAAGGGUAAAGUGCUCCAAAUACUGGCCGGAUGACUCAGAGAUGUACGGAGACAUUAAAAUUGUCCAGGUGAAGUCAGAAACACUGGCGGAAUAUGUGGUGAGGACGUUCACUCUGGAGCGGAGGGGCUACUCGGCAAGGCACGAGGUCCAGCAGUUCCACUUCACGUCCUGGCCUGAACACGGGGUGCCUCACCAUGCGACGGGGCUCCUGGCAUUCAUUCGCAGGGUGAAGGCUUCUACACCUCCGGAUGCAGGACCCAUUGUUAUUCACUGCAGUGCCGGGACCGGGAGGACAGGCUGCUAUAUUGUUCUGGAUGUGAUGCUGGACAUGGCCGAGUGUGAGGGCGUUGUGGACAUUUACAAUUGUGUGAAGACGCUGUGCUCAAGGAGAAUCAACAUGAUUCAGACUGAGGAGCAAUAUGUCUUCAUCCAUGACGCCAUCUUGGAGGCUUGCCUGUGUGGAGAAACCAGCAUCCCAAUUGGUGAAUUCAGAUCCACAUUCAAAGAAAUGGUGAGGAUCGAUCCACAGAGCAACUCGUCACAGCUGCGGGAAGAGUUCCAGCAGACUCUGAAUUCUGUGACACCCCACCUGGAUUUGGAGGAGUACAGCAUCGCCCUUUUGCCACGCAACCGGGAAAAGAAUCGCAGCAUGGAUGUGUUGCCUCCCGACCGGUGCCUCCCCUUCUUGAUCUCUAUGGACGGGGAGAGCAACAAUUACAUCAAUGCAGCCUUAAUUGAUAGCUACACAAAGAGUGCUGCCUUCAUCGUGACCUUGCACCCACUUCAGAGCACAACCACAGACUUCUGGAGGCUGGUGUACGACUAUGGCUGCACCUCCAUCGUGAUGCUCAACCAGCUCAACCAGUCCAAUUCUGCCUGGCCUUGUGUGCAGUAUUGGCCCGAGUCAGGGCUGGAACAGUACGGACCAAUGGAAGUGGAGUACGUUUCUAGAGCAGUUGAUGAAGAUGUUAUAACUCGUCUUUUCCGAGUACAAAACGUAACACGGUUACAGGAAGGCCAUCUGAUGAUCCGACACUUUCAGUACCUGCGGUGGUCUGCCUACCGAGACACUCCUGACUCCAAGGAAUCCUUCCUGCAUUUAUUGGCCCAAGUGGAGAAAUGGCAGGAGAAGAGUGCCGGCGGCGGAAGGACAAUCGUGCAUUGCUUAAACGGGGGCGGCCGGAGCGGCACUUUCUGCGCCUGCACCAUGAUCCUCGAAAUGAUCAAGUGCCACAAACUGGUGGACGUUUUCUUUUCUGCAAAGAUCCUGAGAAACUACAAGCCAAACAUGGUGGAGACUUUUGAACAGUACCACUUCUGCUAUGAGAUCGCCUUGGAAUAUCUGGACUCCUUGGAGACAAGAUAGCAAUUCACCGAGAACACGGAAGAAGGCCGUGCAUUUGUUGCAGAGUUUGGGGUCAAUAUGCUGUAACCCCCCCCCCCCCCCAGAUGUUCUCAUAUGAGCAAGAGAAAGGGGGGAAACAAAAGAAAGAAGAAAAGGGAAAGAACGAGAAAUCCAUAAGCAAGGCAUUGGGCGUGUCAACCAUCUCUUCCCUUCGUUUUUUCCUUGGCUUCCUUUGCUCUCCAGAACCUACACAAGCUCAUCCCAAAUGUAUCUUGGUGUGUAUCUCCUGGCCAGGAGUUUGGCCAACUCUACGAUUCUAUGAUUCUAUGAUUUGUAUGUUAUUGUAUGGGUGCCGGUGUGCGGGAAGAGCGCCAAGCUCCUUGUGAGAUACCACAACCUGAAAUGGCACAGUCCAUGGACCAAAGAACAUGAGCAGAAAGACCACGAUCUUUUCAAGUGACUGACGGGGUCUUUCGGUGUUCGAAAAGUGAAGCUUUAUGAAGAGAGAGAGAGAGACUCUACGAACUUCAUAGUCAUCUUCAUUUGGGAAAUUAUACGCACUUAGAAGCACAGAAUGGGUCUUGUACAUUUCUCUCUCUCUAUAUAUAUAUAUCCAUAUGUUUCCUGUUUCUAGACUUCUUGUCUACCUCUCAAGAGAGUUUUUGAUUUUUUUACUUGCACCAAUUGCUGUCACCAACAUUGAUGCAAUCCUGGUGGUCUCCUAAUAGGUAGGAACUAAAGCAUGCUUGCUGGAAGGGUGUAUUUACAGAUUGGAUUUUCCUAGAAACCAUUAUAUUUUUCUAUAUGUAUUUUCCACUCUAAACUUCCGUUGUUUAGAUAGCGGCUGCUUUUUCAUAGUGCGGGCUGAAGCCUUCCAUCUUUUCCAGCCACUUUCUAAUGGACUUCCCAAACAGUAAAGCAUCCUGAGUGUCAUACUUCUCUUCGAAAUUUUAGCUGCUAAAGCAGGCAUGGGCAAACUUAGGCCCUCAAGGUGUUUUGGACUCCCACUAUUCCUAACAGCCUCAGGCCCCUUCCUUUUACCCUUCUCAGCCGCUUAAGGACCAUCGUCGGGCUUUGCUUUUUUGUACUUUUAAUUUUCUCAUCUGCAUUUUUUCUCUUUUUUCUGUAUUUUUGAAUACAAACUAUUUCCAAAAAAAAGGGAAGAGAGAGACCACGAGGACUAUCCAGUCCAGUCCCCCGCAAAGCAGGAAUACACAAUCAAAGCACUCCUGACUGAUGGCCACCCAACUUCCCCAAAGAAGAAGACUCCGCCUCACUUCUGAGGCAUCGUAUUGCACUGCCUAAACAACUCUCAAUGCCAGAAAGUUCUUCCUGGUGUUUAACUGGAAUCCCCUUUCCUGUCAUUUGCCUUGAAUUACUCAAAGAGGUAAUGUUUGUUACAAAAACAAUGGCUGCCCAUAAGAUAUUGUGUCUGAUCGAGGGUAUGUGUUUGCGACUAAAUUUUGGGAAACCUUUAACCGAUUGUUGGGAGGAAAACAAGCCCUCAGUUACAGCCCAACAUCCUCAGGCUGACGGGAAGUUGGAAUCCAGUUAAUUAGGGUUUGGAGCAAUAUUUGUGGUGCUAUGUUAAUUUUCAGCAGGAUGACUGGUUAGAGUUGUUACCAUUUGCAGAAAUGGCCUACAAGAACUCUGUACGCACAAGCACCGGUCACUUGCCUUUUGAGAUUGUAUAUGGACAGAAUAUCCAUUCCUUGCAGACUUCUAAGAUCAUCAGCCUCAUGCCUUUGAUAGAAUGGAUGGCUUGGAUCAAAGAUGUUUGGCUGGUGAUUUACCAGGGAAUUAAAGACGCCAAAGCCUCUUAUUUUAAAAAAAUAGGCAAAAAACAGGGCUACUGGUUGGGAUAUUAAACCCAGGAGAAAGAUUGUAUCCAGCCACAAAAUAUAUUAAAAGUAGAUAGCCUGCUCAAAAAAUUAGCACCAACAUAUAUUGUCCCCAAAGACUGAUACAUGAAGUAAUGGCUGGACUGGACUUACCUAAGACUUAGAAGAAGUUGCACCUAACUUUCCAUUUCAGUUUACUAAUGCUAGCACCCGAGGAUAAUCUGUGGCAGUCCCACCAAACCGACACUGACAAUAGAUGGACGCCAGCAUUUUGUGGCGCAUGAUAUUUUGGACUUAAGAAUUCAUCAAAAGUCUUGUAAAAUGGAAACAUUUUUCCUUUCAGUGUCAAUGGGUCAAUACCAAUGAUAUUAAGGUGCCUAUGUUAAUUGGGGCUUUUCAUGCCAAAUACCCAGAUAAGCCCAAACUAUAACAAGUAUUGAUAACUGGGUUUUUUUUAGGGGGGGGGGAUGUUCUGAUUAUGUGGGAAUGUAAUGCCAUGACUCCUUAGAACAGUGGUUCCCAAUCUGUGGUCCGUGGAGCAUCAGUGGUCCGCAAUAACAAAAACAUGGUCCAUGGCAUCACCAUUACUACACUGUUGCCUCGAAACCACGUGGCAACGAGAGUGACUGGUCUUGUGAAACCCUCUUAUAGUGCCGGGGAUGUCGGGAGCCUGGCUACCCGCAAAAGAUUACAAAUACCACAUCAACUCUAGAUGAUUAAAUACGGUUUUUUGUGGGCGAGCAGAUGGCAACUACUGGAUGGCAUAUGUUCUGUAUCAGAAACUGGAGCUGAUGUGACCAAAAACUGAUUCGUAACCCUUUGGGUACUUAAGUUGGAGAGUGGUCCCUGAUCAAAAAAAGGUUGGGAACCACUGCCUUAGAAGUUAUGUCAUCAACAUGGACAUACAACCAUUGUGUAUAAAGUAUAUAGAAACGUAGAGGAGAUCAUUUGACCAAAACAUGUUGGCUGGAACUAUCAAAGAAUGAGGGUAGCAAUAAAAGACUGUUUAUAUUUAGGGCGGAUGAGCUCAAGGAGGUGGAAUAUUUUAUUAUAGAUAGGCAUUAGAAUAAAGGACAGAGAUCUAUGAGUGAUGAAACAACAAACAGGUUGUGUUUCUUUUUCUUUUUUACCUGAACGGGAAUUUUGCAUGCGGGACUUUUAUAAAACUAGUACUGUCUACAUUGCUCGGUUCUCACAACGAAUGUCAUAUGUAGGUUGUUUUUAGUGUCUGUUGACAAAUAAAGUGCUAUCUGCAAGAUA